AUCAACGGCACCGGAAUAUUCCGAAGUGAUAUUUGAUAAAGUAGAACUGCUUUUAGUUUUAGGUUUCUUGGCACUCUUGUGUUCAUAUGGCGGCAUAUAUAAGAUGUGUGUCUUUUUUACUGUUAAAAACAUUCAUAGUUUCUUGCGGUACUUUUCAUAUUAAUUUGAAUGGAAAGUGGACGCUAUCAAACAAUUUACAAGGUUUUUCACUCCAAGCCACAGUGCCUGGCAGUGUAUACACUGCACUCCUCUCAGCUAAGAUGAUCGAAGACCCUCUGUAUCGAGAUAACGAUGUUAAAUACAAGUGGAUAGGUCGAGAGAACUGGAUAUACUCACGCACUUUCAACUUGACUGCCGCACAGGUUAACAUGAAGUCCAUCCUGUUGGUGUGUGACGGUUUGGACACUGUAUCUAAGAUCACUGUUAAUGAUGAGAUUGUGGGGACAUCUGACAACAUGUUUGUGAAGUACACGUACGACAUCAAAAGAUUUGCCAGGAUUGGACUUAAUUCAGUCACUGUACAAUUCCGGUCACCAGUGGACUAUGCUCAGGCAAGAGCGGACAACUCCUCCUACGUGAUCCCCCCAGAGUGUCCCCAGGCCGUUCAACACGGCGAGUGUCACGUGAACAUGAUCCGUAAAGAACAGUGCUCUUUCAGCUGGGACUGGGGGCCGUCGUUUCCAACACAGGGCAUCUGGAAGAAUAUCUAUAUCCAGGGUUUUAACUCUGCUGUUAUCAAAGAUAUUUCUGCUACAGUCCAUAAAGCUGGCUACACAUGGAGUGUGAAUGUCACUGCAUAUUUUGACGUGAUUUCACAAGGACAGGUCCUUGGUAAUUUGCUUGUCAAGUUGAUGGGGACGAGUGUCAGCAAAUCUCAGCAAGUCACCUUAACAAAAGGUGUCACGGUUUUCAGCUUUGUUCUACAGAUUCCAUCGAAUGUCGUCAUAAAUGAAUGGUGGCCAAACGGCUAUGGAAAUCAGACACUGUACAAUCUGGCAGUCAAUUUUACCAGCAGCAGUGAUACAGAAGAGUCACAUCGAUCAGUCAGAAUUGGUUUCAGAACAGUGGAGCUUGUACAGCAGCCUGUGUCCUCCAAGAAUUCAAGUAACGGUUUGACAUUUUACUACAAAAUAAAUGGAGUGCCUGUGUUUUUCAAGGGAAGUAACUGGAUUCCUGCUGACAGUUUCCAGGAAACCAUUACCAAAGAGAGGCUACGCCGUCUGCUUACCUCAGCAGCAGAAGUCCACAUUAAUUCCAUGAGAGUCUGGGGUGGAGGGGUGUAUGAGUCUGAAGAUUUUUAUGACUUAACAGAUGAACUUGGCAUCAUGAUCUGGCAAGACUUGAUGUUUAGUGUUGCCUUGUAUCCUGUUGAUGAACCUUUUCUGAAAACGGUGAAACAGGAAGUGAAAUACCAGAUUCGCCACUUAAAACAUCGCCCUUCUAUCAUAGUUUGGGCUGGAAGCAAUGAGAAUGAAAAAGCUCUUCGGGACAAUUGGUUUAAUACUAAAGUAAACUACAGAUACUACGACGACUACAUCAAACUGUACAUUGACACUGUCAGACCGAUUGUCCUCAGUGAAGACUCCACAAGAGAAUUCCUUUCAUCAAGUCCCAGUGAUGGUGUGGAGACUCAGAGACAAGGAUGGGUGGCCAAGGAUCCUGGUGAUGAGCAUUAUGGAGAUAUUCACUACUACAACUACCUGGGCGACCUCUACAAGGACAGCACAUUCCGUAUUCCACGGUUUGCGUCUGAGUUUGGUGUCCAGGCGUGGUGUGAUGCAGAAACUCUGGAAGAUGUUUUUCAAGAGUCCGACUUCGACUACUGGGGACAAAUGGCGGAACACCGACAACACCACGCAUUUGGCCAAGUGGAGAUGUUGUCUGAGGUCAUACAGCACAUGCAGCUACCUGACACACCCGAUACUAAACAGAAGUUCAAGGAUCUCAUUUACCUGACACAGAUCAACCAAGCAGAGUCGAUUAGAGCAGAAGCAGAACAUUAUCGCCGCUGGCAAACUGACUUGACAUCUGAUGGUCGAGGAUUAACAAUGGGCGCCCUCUACUGGCAGUUAAAUGACAUCUGGCAAGCUCCAACAUGGGCUUCCAUUGAUUACCAUGGAAAGUGGAAAAUGUUACAUUAUUACGUGAGGAAAUUCUUUUCUCCGACACUGAUUUCACCGUACAUUGCCAGUGGUAACCUGAGUGUGUCUGUGGUGGUUGAUGAAGUCCCGGUUCUCGAGGUUCGAGACUCGGCGACAGGCAAUCUACGAUUUCAACCCGACUCGUCGUUUAUUCAGAUUCUACACAGUGAAUUCCCGCGAUCAGAGGCAGUCCAUCUGAUGUCCAAACUUGCUGUGGCUACCGCUGGUCAGUUGGUCAUUCAGAUGUAUUCCUGGGACAGUUUUACGUCUUUGAAAACGUGGAAAAUUCCUUAUAAGCUCUACAGAUCUGCUGAGAUUGUGUUCACGAAAAGCAUGGCGGACAUGAUGAAGGAGGCCGGCUGUAUCCACGAACAGAAAUGCUUCUUCUAUCUGUACAAGGAACAUGACAGCCAAUCGCCGACCUGGUUACCAAUGUCAUAUAUGAAAGAUGUUCAAGGAUUGGCCAAAGCACAGAUAUCAAUUACCCAAGUUUCACAGAAGUCGCCUACUGAGUUUGAAAUCACGCUAUUGUCCAAUCGAAUUGCUCCUUACGUCUGGCUGGAUGCCUACAAAGUGAAAGGCCGAUUCUCCGACAAUGGGUUUCUGAUGAUGAAAGCACGGACGUCUGUUAAAUACACGUCAUGGGAACCAGUGGAUCUGAUCACAUUCAAACAGUCUUUGAAAGUUAAAUCUUUAUUGGAUAUGUACCACCACAUCAAUUAAGUGUUCUAUAAAUUAGGCAUCAAAAUGACGACAGCGGAAGAAUUUAUGUAUAAUAAUGUAUAAACAAUUUGAGUAAACAC